AUGGAUGCAAAGCCACAGCGCCCCCUGCGGAGUCUCCGGCACCGCGACGAGAACGCGCCGUCACAGUUACCAGCCGGGAAAACUCUUAAGCAGGGCAAGUCGGUGUCUGCACUGAACGGUCUAUCAAUGCCUGCUGGAGCCAUCAAGCCAGCCGCUAAGCGCGCCCCUUUUGCAGAUGUCAGCAACACUACAAGGCUUCCUGUUGCAAAGGACGAUAUACACCUGGCUGGCAAGAAGAAGGACACACUGGUGCUGAAGGAUCCUGCCGUAGUCUCGAUCAAGGAGCUUGAAAAGCCUGGCGCACUGUCAAGACCUGCGCAACGACCUCUAUCGACCGUCACUGCGAAAGCCAAUGUGUCGACAAACGCUGAGUUGGUCGAAUCUGUCGUUGCAAAGCAAGCCACCGUCGAUGCCUCGCACCAGGCCACCAACACUCGCAAGACCAUAACCAAGAAGCCGACCACUGUAUUCCACGAGUCCAGGAUCGAGGUCGUACCUGAGAUCAUCACAACAACGGUCCCAACACGGCAGGCAUUGACGUCGCGGACCACCUCAUUUCCCAUUGAGGACCGUGCGUCAGAGCCAACAGCUGUUCGCCCAACCGAGACCGAGGCCAUCAUCCCUGCGCACAAACAAGAGAAGGCGAUCAAGGUUGAUGCAGAAGAAAAGUACGAGUACCUUGAUGCUCUUGAGGAGCAGGCGCGUGUCAUUGAACAAGAACGCAACGAGGAGCUUGCAAAGCUCAGCCGGGAAGAAUACUGGGACGAAGACGACGAGGAAGAGUACUACGAUGCAGAUGGAUAUACAACCGCUAGGUCCCUUCGUUCGCGCAGCGACAACACCACUGGCGGUGUAACACUUGUUCCUGCGCCGCGUAUCACAGUAAAAACCCAACGUGAGCUUGAAGCCGCGAAACAGUUCGUUGAGUUGCACAGAUCUCCCGAAGAUGUCGAGGACGAGCAGUGGGAUACAUCAAUGGUGGCCGAAUAUGGCGACGAGAUUUUCGACUACAUGCAUUCCCUUGAGGAAAAGAUGAAGCCCAAUGCCAACUACAUGGACCACCAGGCCGAGAUCCAAUGGUCGAUGCGAUCGGUGCUUAUGGACUGGCUUGUACAGGUCCACAACCGAUUCACGCUCCUACCUGAGACUCUGUUCCUUGCAGUCAACUACGUCGAUCGAUUUCUUUCCGCCAAAGUCGUUUCUCUGGGCAAGCUGCAGCUUGUAGGUGCCACCGCUCUGUUCGUUGCUGCCAAGUACGAGGAGAUCAACUGCCCUUCAGUUCAAGAGAUCGUUUACAUGGUCGAUGGUGCCUACACUGGCGAUGAAGUUCUCAAGGCCGAGCGCUUUAUGCUCAGCAUGCUGCAGUUCGAGCUGGGCUGGCCUGGGCCAAUGAGCUUCCUGCGCCGUAUCAGCAAGGCGGACGACUACGAUCUCGAGACCAGGACUUUGGCCAAAUACUUCCUUGAGAUCACUGUCAUGGAUGAACGAUUCGUCAGCUGCGCUCCAAGCUUCCUGGCCGCCGGCGCUCAUUGUUUAGCCCGGUUCAUGUUGAAGAAGGGCGAUUGGUCGCAAUCCCACGUUCACUACUCCGGAUACACCCUGAGUCAAUUGCGACAGCUUGUUUCUUGUAUCGUGGAGUGCUGCGACAACCCUCAGAAGCACCAUGCCGCCGUGUACGAAAAGUAUACCGACAAGCGUUACAAGCGUGCAUCAAUCUUCGUUGAGACCGAAGUUGCCAAAGGCUUCCAGCUUCCCUUUGCUUCGAGGGACAGUCUUGCUAGUCAGACGUGGAGAAGAAAGUGA